CGACUGCGUGUCCUGUGACCAGUAUUUAUGAGCCAAUCCUCUAUCUCUGAAUAUCCCUGACUAGACUCCGUACAGGUCAGAUCUUCACUCUAAGCUCUGCAUCCGGAAAAGCCGACUGCCCAUGGGGAAUCCCCGCAAAGUCGGGGCGAUGAUGGCCCGAACGAUCCACCGCGAGCUGCCUUCAGCCUACGGAAUGGCAUCCAACAUGCCGUUGCUUGUCACCGACAUCCACAACCGUCAAGAUCGGCGUGUGGAGUACUGUAUCUCGGGGUAAAUCUCUCACGAUGCCCGGGGAAGCAAACCCCAGAGCCGAAUAUUAGAUCGGUCCGUUCCCUUCGCCGCACCUGGGGUAAUUUUCUGCCAUUGUUUGUCUGUGAGCAAUUACAUUCAGACAGAUAGACAGAUUGGUAGUCAAAAUGCCGCUCUGGAAACAUGACUUUCGAGGCCGGUCCUUGAUCAUCGCCAUCACCCUGGCCUCCUGCCAGGCCUUCCUGUUGCUGGGUUUCGACCAGGGAGUGAUGGCCGGCAUCAUCGGCGCCGAUAAUCGGUUCGGUCGUGACUUCAAUAAUCCCGACGCCGACAUGCAGGGGAAUAUCACCGCCCUGUACGAUAUCGGCUGCGUGCUCGGCUCCAUCGUGGCGUAUUUCGUGGCCGAACGGUUGGGUCGUCGCACCAUGUUGAUUGCCGGUGGUUCGAUCAUGAUCAUUGGCACCGCUAUUCUGGCGUCGUCUUUCACCGUCGCUCAGUUAAUUGUCGGGAGAAUCGUCACCGGCAUCGGCAACGGCAUGAACUCGUCCACCGCGCCCGUCUAUCAGUCUGAGCUGUCGCCGGCUUCGUAUCGCGGUGCGUUGCUCACGCUGCAGGGAACUGUGACUAUUCUCGGCGUGGUGAUCGCCUACUGGAUGGACUACGGCACCAGUUACACCGAAUCCUCACUGCAAUGGCGCUUCCCGCUCGCCUUCCAAGCCGUCUUCGCCGUCUGCCUCGUCCUCCAAGUCAUCGGACUGCCCGAAACGCCUCGCUGGCUGGCCUCGCGCGACCGAUUCGAAGAAGCCCGCGAGGUCAUCGCCGCCAUCGAAGAUAAGCCCGUCCAUGAUCCCUCCGUCAGCGCCACCGUCGUCGACAUCCGCGUCAACCUGGAGGAAGAACACAAGGGCGGCCCCUUCAGCAUCAAGGAGCUGUUCACCUGGGGCGAGAGCCAGAAUCUGCGUCGCCUGCUCAUUGUCAUCUCUAUCGAGCUGGGUCAGCAGUUUAGCGGGUCCAAUAUGAUCAAUUAUUACGGGCCGGUUAUGUUUCAGGAGACGAUGGGCAUGGAUCGUAAUCUGGCGAUGAUUCUCGGCGGUUGCAUUCAGUGCACGUAUCUCGUGGGCUCGGCCAUUCCGGUCUUUCUUAUGGAUCGCUUCGGUCGUCGCACGUUGCUGCUGAUCAGUACCGUCGGACUGUGUUUCUGCUUCGUCAUGGUCUCCAUCCUGCUGUCGCUGGGCCAGACGAAUGCCGCGUACGGUGCGACUGCCUUCAUCUUCGUCUUUCAGCUGUUUUACGGCUCCGGAUGGCUCUGCGUGCCGUGGUAUUAUCCCAGCGAGAUCUGCUCGAACCGUAUCCGCAGUCGGAUGCAGGCGAUCGCGUCCGGCUGGAACUGGAUGGCUGUGUUUGCGGUGGUGAAGAUCACUCCGAUUGCUUUUGCCAACAUCGGGUGGAAAACCUUUGUCAUCUUCGCCGUGCUCAACGCCGCCUUCUUCCCCAUGGUGUACUUCUUCUAUCCCGAGACUAAGGGUCUGGAACUCGAGGAUCUCCCGCUGCUGUUUGCCAAGGGCGGAUUCACCGGAGGCGUGUUCUCGUCCAAGGGUGGCCGCACGGUGCUGCCGGGUCAGCAUGCGCAGGAGCGGAAUGUGGAUAAGAAGGUCGAGGAGGAGCAGGUGCAACAGGUGGAAAACGUGGAAUAGAGGAUCUACGAUUGAUGAAUUAUGUUUUGUUAUUCGGUUUUUAUAGUAUAGAGCGAAUGUCAUUAUUGGGCAUGUAUUGCCGUACAUGGAAGAGCACCA